CUUUCUUGCGCUGCGCAGUCUUGGCGACACCACCAGAGAGCGAUGCGCAUUUCCUCUGUAAAAUAGAGAGGACCACAGCAUCUGAGGCGGCUUUUCAGAGCCGAGACGGAGCGUUUGCAGAGGAAACACCAUAAUCUGAGGUGGACAUUGCCAAAUUUGGACCUUGACGAAUACUACAGCCAAACCUGAUGCGCCCUCCAAACAGGAUAUUUGACCGAUCUAGGGAGUAUUGAUUUUCAUUUCGUGAUUUACAUAGAAUAAUCCUGGACAUUUCAGUUUAUCAUUUAUUGAAAAAUACACGGUAUAUGCUGCAGGGUGAGAAACCAGCUUUCUUUGCCAGCUGAGAGUUACAUAACCGAGUGGCAUUAGCUGUCCAAGGUGCUGAACUGAAACGGUCGGAGCCUAUAACGGGACGAGCCGAGGGGAAUUCACAACCUUGCAAGGUCACAGGCCUAUCCAUCGGGAGAGAGGAAAGCACGGGAUAGAUCACUGAGGCACCGGGAAGAAGCUGGGUUUUUAUUCACUCAUUUCCUCCAUCGUCCCGAGGUGAAACACAUUCCUGAGGUGGUCCAUUCAGCGGAGAGAAAAUGUCGGGGCAAACGCUCACGGAUCGCAUUGCCGCUGCGCAAUACCAGCUAACGGGAUCAGAUAUGGCCCGAGCUGUGUGCAAAGCCACCACUCAUGAAGUGAUGGCGCCCAAGAAAAAGCACCUGGAGUACCUCGUGUCGGCCACCAACACCACCAAUGUGAACAUCCCUCAGAUGGCUGACACGCUGUUCGAGCGAGCCACCAACGCUAGCUGGGUGGUCGUCUUCAAGGCCCUCGUCACCACUCAUCACAUGUGUGUCCACGGCAACGAGAGGUUUAUUCAGUAUUUGGCUUCCAGGACCUCCCUGUUCAACCUCAGCAAUUUUAUUGACAAAACCGGCGCCCACGGUUAUGACAUGUCGACAUUCAUCAGACGGUAUGGACGAUACCUGAACGAGAAAGCCUUUGCAUACCGCCAGAUGGCUUUUGAUUUCACCAGAGUCAAGAAAGGUGCUGAAGGUGUGAUGAGGACUAUGACCACUGAGAAGCUGUUGAAAGGCAUGCCUGUCCUGCAGACUCAGAUUGACACACUCCUGGAGUUUGAUGUUCAUCCUAAGGAACUGAACAACGGGAUCAUCAACGGUGCAUUUAUGCUUCUCUUCAAGGACCUGGUCAAACUAUUUGCAUCCUACAAUGACGGAAUCAUCAACCUAUUAGAGAAAUAUUUCAAGAUGAAGAAGAGUGACUGUAAGGAGGCCUUGGAGAUCUACAAGAGGUUCCUGACCAGGGUGACAAAGAUCGGAGAAUUCAUGAAACUGUCUGAGACGGUCGGAGUUGACAAAAACGACAUUCCUGACAUCAACUAUGCUCCCAGCAGCAUCCUGGAGAGUCUGGAAACACACAUGAACGGACUGGAAGAUGUAAAGGGUGGAAAGAAGGGUGAAGGGUCUCCAACAAAGGGCUCUCCAACAAACAACGUGUCUCCAACAUCGACCCCGUCCAAAUCUUCAAACGCUGUUCCCACACUGCAGCCUCCUCCUGGGGAGGCUGCUGCUGCUGCUGCUGCUCCAGAGCCAGCUGAAGAUUCCUUGUUGGACCUGGACCCACUGUCCUCCUCGGGUCCCUCAGGAGGAACAUCAGCUGCUCCCACGUCUUGGGGAGAUCUUCUUGGAUCAGAAAUGGGCGAUUCCUUGCUAUCUGAACCCACCCUCACAGCAGAGACCGCCCCCUCCCCUGCAGCAACACCCACUCCUGCAGCGGCUGAAGCUGGAGUCUCUCUAGCUCCUCCCACUAGCACAGCAGCCGCCACUUCCCCUGCCGUGGCCAAUAUGGAUCUGUUGGGAGAUACCUUUUCAACACCCGCUCCUGCCACUGAGGCUCCUGCAGCCGCCGCUGAAGGUGGGGCCGCCACUACGCCCGCCCCUGCCACUAACGCUGGAGCUGACCCCUUUGCUUCCUCGGACGGUAGCACUGAUGUGACGUCUCCUGGUCUAGACCUUUUCAGCAUGAUGACAGCGGAGAAUAAUAACCCCGGUAGCACCCUGGAUGCCUGUUUUAGCUCUGCGAUGCCCUCCCCCUCCCCUUCCCCAUCACCAUUUCUCACCUCCAUUACCAUCACCACCACCGCAACUAUCUCAGCUCCCAUAUCCCCCGGUGCCACCAGCCCUGCGACCGACCUUUUCAGCGCAGAUGUGUUCAGCUCCCCUGCCCCCAUCCUCUCCUCAGCAACCCCACCCAAACUUGACACGGGAGCCAUCAUGAACCUGUUUGGUGAGUCUACAGGAGGAGAUGCCCCAGCUGCUGCUGCUGCUGCUCCCACUCCCGCUGCUGCCCCUGGUGCCGAACUCAUGUCAGUAUUUGAUGGAUUAGGAGAUGUAAUGAAGCCCACUUUGACCCCUCAGGGGGGAGAUGUUGACACCUCCAUGGCUAACAUGGCGAGUAAUCUCACAAUGGGAACCCCAGCGGCUCCUCAGGUAGCUCCCCCAUGUUGGGGUGCUCCCAUGACCGUACCAAUGGGUGUCCCUCCUUUUAUGGGGACUUACCCCAGCUUCAGCAUGCCUGGGGCACCAGGAGCUCCCAUGAUGCCGAUGGCGAGACCAGGCUUCCCUGCGCCAGGAGCGACCCCUGGGGCACCGAUGUCUCCUGGAGCAGCCCAGAGUCCCAGGAAGCCCCCACCACCGAGGAACGCUCUGGAUGACCUCAAUAUUAAGGACUUCAUGUAGACUGACUAACCUGUAAACCCCCAAGGUUCGUCAUUGUGUCUGGAGCUCUGUGGAUGUGGAUGUCUGCACUUUCCCACUGCCUUCCCCUUGGCCACGCCCUUCAGCAUCUUCAGCCAACCAGCCAUUAAUUACAUCGACCAUCUCUGCCCUCCCUCCCCCUGAGACAACCUGCCCCUCUUAUCUAAUGUUGUAGCACAACUGUGAAUGUGAACCCUAGAUACAGAAAACAUAAAUCCGUUUAUGUGUGUGUGGGUGUGCGUGUAUAUCAGUGUUAACCUUUACUUAAUAUACUAUGGAAAAAUGACAAAAAAAAUAAAAUAAAUGUGUAUUUAGAUUCAUUCUGGAUUUCUGCGUAUCAGCUGAUUGAAAUGAUGGAUAUAUGUUGGUUUCUUUGCGCAUCUCCCAAACAAGGACCGUGUUGUUAAAUGUGGACUGUGUUCAGUGUGUGUAACUUCACUGGCCAACCCCCCACUCCCACUCCUCUAGCCCUGUUGUCCAAACUAAUACUGAGCUAUGUUUAUGUCAUUAAAACUUGGUUGUACCUAUAUCUGCUUGGCCAUCCAUCUCCCCACCUGUCAGCAGCUCUGAAUCAAAAUGUACCUGAUAACAUCUUGCACUGCAAAUCUGGACUUAUCAUUGGACUGUGUUCUGUUUCUUUUAUUCUUUGUUUUUUUUAGGGAUUGUGUGAAACAUGCAAAAAUUUGUGAACUGUGUUCAAACUGACAUAUGCAUUUUAGACUAUUUUAAAUGAUAGAUUACACAUAUUUUCUUUAUUUUGUGAGGAGAAAAAUGUAUCAUAUAUUUUUAGUUAUGUCAAAUUACAUGGCAAGUAGACAGAAAAAUCCCGCCUUCUUUGUACAUACAUCUCAAUCUGUAAUCAGGCAGUAUUGGAUGGAAACCUUGCCCUGAGUGUUUACUAUUGCGCCAUCUGUCGGUAUGGUGUGAUACUGCAUCAUAGCAUGCAACACAAGUCAAACUGGGAUGCAUUUUAGUACCCUCAGAGUGCUCCUUUCUUUGUCUCUUUUUUCACAUUACUUUCUGUGAGGGUGGAAAUCAAAGAGACUUGGAAGCAUUAGUGUUUAUGUUUGGAACGUGGCCUCAGUCCUCUUUGGGUCAUUCAGCGGUCGGUACAUUUGGUGAUUGGAGGUUUUCAGGACUCUCACUGUAAAGCACUCAAGUAUACGCUGGAUAUUCCGUGUGUUGUUUAUUUCCAAAAGUGACUGUAUCUUAAUCCAUUGUGGCAUUAACAGAGUGUUGAAAGAAAAAUAAAGACGACGAUGACACAUACAAACAAAAA